AGUAGGACUCAAGUCAAGUGAUAUCUGUAAUCUGAGACUCGUCAGUAGAGGACCAUUUUAAAAUUUAGAUAUUUUCCAAUCAAUAAUAAUAAAUUUGUCUUGAGAAACCAUGGCAAAUUUAACAGAAGAUGAUUCUUCUGGUGAAACAAAUAAGUUAGUGCCAAGUGAAUCCAAUGAAGACACUUCUGGUGUAGAAAACCAAAAUGUGGAUAUAAAUGCUCAAAUUGAUGAACAGCGUCAAAGGAUGCAGCCGUCUAAAAUGGAAUCAUUUUUUGCUAUAACGAAAUCACUUAUCAUAAGAGCGUUAGUAGUUUAUUUUAUUACAUCAAUGUUUCGGCAACCUUCUGCACCAAAAACUGACGUUAACAGUUCAUCUGGUGUUCCUCGAGUACCAGCAGUUAACAUGUUUCAAAAUGGAACAGUUGUGGAUAUGUUUGCAUAUAUAUCAGAUCAUGAAUUUUUAGAUAAUCUUGAACAUGGUCAAUUGAUCUGGAAAGAAACAAAUGUUGUGUAUGGUGACUGGUUUGGUGGACCCAAUAAUGAUGGAACUUAUACCCAUUCCACUAGUAUUGUGCCAUCAGAGUCUUUAAAGAAUAAUGGUUCCAUAUAUAUUCAUGUUUACGUAGUUCCAAAUGGAAAAUCACCAAAUCCAAAAGAUAAAAAUAAUUAUGCUGGGCCAUAUGUCACAUAUGGUAAAAAAAUGGUUAAUAAAUAUAAAAAGUUAAAAUAUCUAAAAACACAUAACCUUUUGACCGGACAAAGUGAAAAGUCUGAAGAGGAAUUAAAAAAAGCUGAAACAAUGAAAGAAGAGAUAGUUUCACAUUGGCAUCCUAAUUUGACUAUUAAUUUAGUAACAGAUCAAACAAAUUGGAUGCAAGGCAGUGUUCCACCACCACUAGAUGAAUUUAUAUAUUUUUUGCCUGAUGGUAAGGAGUAUAAACCUGCUGUGUUCUUAAAUGAUUACUGGAACAUGAUGCGGGACUAUGUACCGCUCAACAAUAGUGUUACUAGCCUUGAUCUACAACUAACAUUUCAACCAUUGAGUCUUUUCAAAUGGCAGUUAUACACAGCACAAGUUAUGAGAGACAAACUGAGCAUGUUUUCAGCUCUUGGUGCAGAGGAGCAAGAUGAAGAACAGGAUACUGUGAAGGAAUUGCUUUUAGACACAUCUCCUUAUUUAUUGGGUUUAACUAUAUCUGUCUCCAUCCUCCAUUCAAUUUUUGAACUAUUAGCAUUUAAGAAUGACAUUCAGUUUUGGAACAACAGGCAGUCCUUGGAAGGACUGUCUGUGCGAUCAGUUUUCUUCAAUGUUUUUCAGUCCACAGUUGUAUUGCUCUAUGUACUAGAUAAUGAAACUAAUGUUAUGGUUAGAAUUUCUUGCUUUAUUGGCUUAAUGAUUGAAAUCUGGAAAAUUAAUAAAGUUAUGGAUGUGAAAUUGAAUAGGGAAGAUAGGAUAUUUGGAUUCCCCAAAAUAUCUUUAACAGAUAAGGGUUCUUAUGUAGAAUCAAGCACAAAACAAUACGAUAUGUUAGCCUUCAGAUAUUUAAGCUGGGCUUGUUUUCCUCUGCUGAUUGGAUAUGGUAUUUACUCACUUUUAUAUCUGGAGCAUAAGGGAUGGUACUCAUUCAUUCUAAACAUGAUGUAUGGAUAUCUGUUGACUUUUGGUUUUAUUAUGAUGACACCUCAAUUGUUUAUCAAUUACAAACUAAAUUCUGUAGCCCAUUUACCAUGGCGCAUGAUGACAUACAAAUUUCUCAAUACCUUUAUAGAUGAUAUAUUUGCAUUUGUGAUUAAAAUGCCAACCAUGUACCGUCUGGGAUGUUUUAGAGAUGAUAUUGUUUUCUUUAUUUUCCUGUAUCAGCGCUGGAUCUACAAAGUUGACCAUAAGCGAGUUAAUGAAUUUGGGUUUUCUGGUGAAAUGGAACAGCAACAAAACCAAAAUCUAUCCCUAACACAAUCUGAAGUUACUGAUAAGAAGAAUGAUUAAUUCUCUAAGAUGAGUGAGUGAGAGUAAAUACAUAGAGGUAGACAUUAGAUAAAUUUAUUUAUAGCCUGUUUCUCAAAAAUCUUUCUUCCACAACAACCUCAAUUAUUUAAUAAUAGAUAAUGUUGCUAAGAUUUAAAUUUGCUGUUGUUGCUAGUGUCUGAAUUACGUAUUUAACUACAAUUAUAGACAUUUCAUGAGUUUCUUAAAAUGGAGUAAAUAAUGAUUAUGGUCUUUAAACUAAAACCCUUAUUUAGAGCAUACAAUGUUUAUAUUAUUUUAUACAUUAUAAUUUUUAAAUUUUUUACAAUGAACAUUCACUUCAAACUUCUGUUACAACUAAUUAAAUCCUCUUAUUUAAAUGGAAAAUCUCAAGCAUAAGCUAUGUCAAAAAUUAUCUGUUCUUAAAAUUUUAUAAACUGGGGUUAACUUAAUUUAAAUUAUAGCUCUGUGAUGUCAUUCAUUCAUGUCAUAGUCUGGAUUUAAAUUGUCUUUUUUGAUGGCUGUAUGUAGUAAUAUUUAUAAUGUUGUUCAUGUUAGAUUGUUCAUUGUAAGCAGUGUUCCUCAUAAUGAGAUAAGUUUUUCAUAUAAAUGUAUCUCAUAAAUAUAUGAUUUUUUCAAAUAUUUUAGAUAUAACAUCUAUUGCUAUUUCCUACUGCAUUGCGUGAAAAUAUGAUGCAUGUUUUAAUUUUAAUGUGUGAACUGCACUCGUAAUGCUUGUGGGAAUGCUCUAUGUCACAUUGUAAUCGAAAUAAAUUGCCAAAACCGACAAAGGCUAUAUGAGCUUACCAUAUGUUGUCCUGGUACCUUUGGCUCAAUGUAUAACUUCAGUAUUGACCAGGUGAAAGGUAUGAAUGAUUCAGUGAAAUCAUUGUUAUAGGAAUUGUAAUGGUUUUUGUAAUUAAUAUUGUAAGCUGUUUUUAUUAAUUAUUUAUUUAAAUAAAUUCACUUGUAGGUACUUUAUAUAAGCACUUCUAUUAAAUUCUGAAAUAAUAAUUGUGAUUUAAAUUAGUACAAGUGUAAAUUUAAUAACUAUUAUUGUUGUGAUAAAAUGACAUGAAAUAUAAUUUAAAGAAAUAUUUAUGCCACCCAUAAGUAACUUUUAUGCAUUUCGAAUUUAUGGAUAUGUUUUAAAUUAUAACAUAGUUUAAUUCACUUAUGCCUCCAAUCUUAAAUUAAAAGUAUUAAAUGUAA